AUGGCCACACCCAGGCUCCCGUUCCUGUAUCCGAAUUUUAUGCGCGCGGUGCGAUCAUGCGAACCGAGAACAUACCGUUCAAUUAGAAUUCCAUACCGGCUUAACCAACGCUUCCAUACGAGUCAGCAACAGGAGCGUGCUUCCUACCAGCGGCGAUAUGGUCCUGCCGUCGAACCGAAUACUGCUCAUUCGUUGCGUCCGAAGAAGGGUCCACACGAUCAGGAGGUGCCGGGCGAUCCAUCAGCUGGACAUGAUGGUGUAAAUGCCUCCGACCAGGGGCAAGCUCCACCAGACGAGUCACAGUCGGAACCGCCGCCCCAGGAAGCCGAGCAAAACAAUGCAGAUGUCACUUCUUCGGAAACCCCGACCGCAGACCAACGGAACGCAGACCAACCAACCGAAGCUGAAACAAAGGAAGACAAGGAAGACAAGGAAGACAACCCUCCGACGGACCGGGAACCGCGCGAGGAGCAGGCCAAAGAUAUAGACGGCGCCGAACAGGAACAGGCUUCGGCCUCUUCGUCCCCCGCUUCCGAAGCCCCAUCGGAAGAAAGUACAGAUACCUCUUCAUCCACAAACCAAACUCCGUUUGAGGAUGUCCUCCACAUGCCCUCGCCGUCGGUGUUUCUAACCCCAACCGGGGAACCCUCCUCGUCCGACGAUCGCCCGCCGCAUUUGUCUGCAGCACCGUAUGUUCACCCUUUCGACACAUAUUCAUUGGUACAGGAUCUGUCCAAAGGUGGCUACAGCGAAGAACAGUCUACUACAAUCAUGAAGGCUGUGCGGGCUAUCCUGCAGAACAACCUCUCUUUGGCUAGGGCGAGCCUUACUUCGAAAUCUGAUGUCGAAAAUGAAGAAUACCUGUUCAAAGCAGCCUGCUCCGAGCUUCAGUCAUCGCUCCAGACAGCUCGCAACUCGGAAAUACAGCACCAGCGCUCCUCGCGCACGCAAUUGCAGCAUGAAACGGAUAUUAUCUCGCAGCGUCUCAGCCAGGAACUUUCAGGCAUGAAAGACGACAUCAAGGGCAUGUUCAAUGACCACAAGAUGUCCACGCGAGAACCGCAGCGGACCAUCGACACCUCGGUUCAGGAAUUGAACUACAAGAUCACCGUGUCGCUUAACAGCGAUGGAAAGAGUGAGAUUGAAGGUCUUCGAUGGAUUUUGACUAGACGCGCUGCUUCGACGAUUGCCAUCUGUGCUUUCAUGAUCAUCGUCUUCUUGAAGUAUGCUUCCGUGCACAAGGCGCCUGAGCCCAAGCAAGCCAAGCAAGCGGAGAAGCCGGCUGCCAGCAAAGAAAUCGCUACUGAAGCUCGAGCCGUCCAAGAUGGUGGCAUUCAGACAGUCUUUCCGUCUGCUGAAGCCCAUCUCGGCGAAUCACUUGGUUGA